GUUUUCUUCUCUUCAUGUUGUGCUAGUUUUUUCUUUGAUUUGCUUUUUAAUUUUUUAAAUGUUCUGUUAGUUUGAUUGCAGAGGAAGCUUCACCAAGUAUCAAUGGGGAAGCAAUUCGAUAAGAAGAUCACUUGGACAAUUAAAAAUUUCGCCUCUUUGCUAUCUGACCUCAUUUAUUCUGAUCAUUUUGUCGUUGGUGGCUGCAAAUGGCAUCUACGGGCCUAUCCCAAGGGAUAUAAUAAUGCUAAUUCUUUGUCCUUGUUUCUUGGUGUUGCUGUUCCUACUUCUCUGCCUUCUGGAUGGAGAAGACACACUAAAUUUCGUCUAACUCUAGUAAAUCAAUUAUCAGAUAAACUCUCUCAGUCAAAACUUAAUGAACUAGAACAGUGGUUUGAUGAGAAGACUACCAACUGGGGUCUUUCAUCCAUGUGUCCCCUAAAUGAAAUUCAUGCCAAAGAUAGCGGAUUUCUGUUAAACGGGGAACUUAAGAUUGUUGUCGAGAUCAAAGUUCUUGAAACUAUUGGCAAAUUAGAUGUGACAGAGGAAACUUCAACAAUCACGGAAACUGUGGAUGUUAAUGGCUUUCAACUCCUUCCUUCACAAGCAAAAUCUGUGAGUCGUAUGUUUGCAAAACACCCAGAGCUUGCAUCUGAUUUACGUCCAAAGAACCCAAAUCUCAGGACAGGUUACAUGAGUCUACUACUCAGUCUGAUUGAGACUCUGAGCCAGUUACCUCAGCAAAUGUCAAAGGAUGAUCUGUUGGAUGCUUACGAUGCACUGGGAUCCAUGAGAGAUGCUGGAUUUAAACUGGAUUGGUUGGAGAAGAAACUUUAUGAAGUGUCAGAAAAGAAGGAGAAUGAGGAGGCUAGUGAGACUGGGCUGCAAGAAAUGGAGGAAGAGUUGAAGGACAUGAAGCAGAAGUGUUUAGAAAUGGAAGCUCUGGUUGAGAAGGAGAAGGCAAAAGUGUCGACUGCAAAAGCUCCUAUCUCAUUCGAUGAUAUUGUUUGAUGCUUCUUGUGUUUUUAAGACACUUGGAGUUUGGUUUUACUUGGUGUUGUGGGAUGUUCUUGCUAAUGAGUCCUCUUAAAACUUAGGAAGAUAAAAGAGACCCUGUGUUGUAUAUAUCCACAAUGUUGUAAAAUGUAACUCUCUUGAUUUCUGUAAAGAGUUGAUCAUAUAUAGAGAGUAUAGAAUCUAUAUUACUCAAAACAAAUUCA